GGUCGGAAGAGCUGCCGCAAGUCGUCAAACUGUCGUAAACCCGCGGGGUGAAAGGUCAGAUUUUGGUAUGCAGCUCGCAUAGCGGAAUCCAGCCUAGCACGGAGCUGCCCGUUACUCCGGAAAACUGCCUCACUUUCUCCAGGUCCUGCCCUGAACCCUGCGCCUGACUGAAACUACACAGACUUCGCCCAGCACGAGCCAUUCCACGCAGACCACUCCCUAGCUAGAACCUAUCCUCCCUCUACCUACCAACCUACCAACCAACCAACAUGGCGUCCGCUACUGUCACGUCCGGGGACGACAGGCCUCGCGUUCUCGUUACCGGGGCAACGGGCUUCAUCGCCUCCCAUAUCGUGCAGCAGCUGCUGGAGUCCGGACAGUACACCGUCCGCGGAACGGUCCGGGACCUCACGCAGAAAAACAAGAUUGCCCACCUGAAGGCGAUGGUGAACGCCCCUCCUGAGCCGGAACCCGAGCCAGAACCCAUCAAGGACGAGAAGAUCGAAGAAAAGAAGGACGAGGAGAAAAAGGAGGAGGAAAAGAAGGAGGAGGAGAAGGAGAAAAAGGAUGAACCGGAGGAGAAGAAGGAGGAGAAGAUCGAGGAUGCUGCUGAGGGAGAGAAGAAGGAUGAACCCGCAGCUGAUGCAACAACCGAAGAGAAGAAAGAAGAAUCAGCUGAGGCAAAGACAGAAGAGAAAACAGAGGAAGCCCCAGCUGAGGGAGGUGAGGAGAAGAAGGAGGGAGACGCCGACGUGAAGGCAGACGAGACGAAGACGGAGGGAGACGGGAAGACGGACGAUGAGAAGGCUGCCGAGAAGAAAGAGGAGGAACAGAAGGAGACGAAGGCGGAGGACACGGGGCCCACGACCUGGGAGUACGGCGACCUUCAGCUGCACAAGGCCGACCUUCUGGACGCAGACUGCUGGAGGGGCCUGAUCGAGGGUUGUACGUACGUGAUCCACACGGCAAGCCCCUUCCCCCUCACCAACCCUCGCAACGAGGACGAUGUCAUCAAACCCGCCGUAGAGGGCACCACAAACGUGCUCAAGGCCGUGGCAGCUAACGGUGAGAUCAAGCGAGUUAUCCUCACCAGCUCCCUCGCAGCCAUCUGUGGUAAUCUCUAUAUCAAACCAGCCGCGCCCGAAGCGAACAAGGUCUACACCGAGGAGGACUGGACUAACACGGACCGCGCCCAGGCUUACCUCAAGUCCAAGGCCCUGGCCGAGAAGGCCGCAUGGGACUACAUGAAGGACCUGAAGGAGGGGGAGAAGUUUGAGCUCGUCGUGCUCAACCCUGGAUAUGUGAUGGGUCCAGUCAUCAGUAAGAACUCCUUCACCAGUAUGGAGGCGGUGGUUCGGCUGUUGCAGCGUUCGAUGCCGGCCGUCCCGAAGAUUAACCUGAACAUCAUCGACGUUCGCGACGUCGCCAAGGCUCACAUCAUCGCUCUGACCAAUGAGCAGGCUGCAGACAACCGGCACAUCCUUGUGCAGGGGAACAUGUGGCUGCGAGAAGUGGCCCAGAUCCUGGCCAAGGAGUUCAAGCCGCAGGGCUACAACGUCCCCACCAUGAGCUGCCCCAAGUUCCUCCUGCGAAUCAGCAGUUGGUUUGACGGUGGCCUGAGGAUGGUGGUCCCGUACGUGGGGAAAGUUCUGACCUGCGAUAACAAACGCAUGAAGGACGUGCUCGGCAUCGAGGAGCGCCCGCUGAACGAGACGAUUCUGGACAUGGCGUACUCCCUCGUGGACGGAGGCUUCGUCAAGAAAACCUCCAAGUACAAGGGUCACCCCAAGAACAGGCCUGAGGAGCCCAAGGAGGAGAAAAAGGCUGACGGAGCUGUGAAGGAGAAUGGAGAGGUUGCCACGCCAACGCCCGCCAUCGACACCGAAGCCAAACCCGACGCCACGGAAGAGCAAACUACUGAUGAGCCACAGGAACUCCCAGAGUCUUCGCAAGCUAAGGAGACAGGCAAGGUCGAAGAGCCACUCAAGGUCAAGAUAUCUCCCAAGGUCGAAGAAUCUCCCAAGGUCGAGGAAUCUCCCAAGGUCGAGGAGUCUCCCGAGGUCGAAAAAUCUCCCAAGGUCGAGGAAUCUCCCAAGGUCGAGGAAUCUCCCAAGGUCGAGGAGUCUCCAAAGGUCGAGGUAUCUCCUAAGGUCGAAGAAUCUCCCAAGGUCAAAGAAUCUCCCAAGGUCGAGGAGUCUCCAAAGGUCGAGGAAUCUCCAAAGGUCGAGGAAUCUCCAAAGGUCGAGGAAUCUCCCAAGGUCGAAGAAUCUCCCAAGGUCGAAGAAUCUCCAAAGGUCGAGGAGUCUCCCAAGGUCGAGGAGUCUCCCAAGGUCGAAGAAGACACAGCCACAGAAGAAGAGCAUCAAACUGAGGCCCUACCAGAGGAGUUGCCGGUUGUCAAGGAGACAGAGGUUACCAUAGAGAUGUCUGAUGUUGGACAGACAGAGAAUGUUCAGGAUGUAGCUGUUGCCACGGAGACAGAGCCUGCAGCAGAAUCUCCUGUUGCCACGGAGACAGAGCCUGCAGCAGAAUCACAUGUUGCCACAGAGACAGAGCCUGCAGCAGAAUCUCCUGUUGCCACGGAGACAGAGCCUGCAGCAGAAUCACCUGUUGCCACGGAGACGGAGCCUGCAGCAGAAUCUCCUGUUGCCACGGAGACAGAGCCUGCAGCAGAAUCUCCUGUUGCCACGGAGACGGAGCCUGCAGCAGAAUCUCCUGUUACCACGGAGAAAGAGCCUGCAACAGAAUCACCUGUUGCCACGGAGAUAGAGGCUGUUGAAGAAGCACUCGUUGCCCGGGAAACCACAGUAACCAUGGAGACAGAAAGUCCGGAGCCAACAGAAGAGCCGAAGGCCGACGGGGAGGCGAAAGUGAACGGAGACGUGCCGACCCAGGAAGGAGACGCAGACACGAAGGAAGUGGCGGAGGAGGAAGCCAAGGAAGAAGUUACGGAAGAGAAGAAGGCGGACGGAGAUGUGAAGGAGAAUGGAGAGGUGCAGGGCAAGGAGGAGGCCCCGGCCGCGGAAGACGGGCCCAAGGAGGAGACUGCAGAGGCUAAGGAGGAGAAGCCAGAGGAAGAGGCCGCCAAACCAGAGAGCACUUCACAACCCGAGGCAGAGGCAGCAGCCCCCAGCACCGAGGCGAGCGAGCAGCCGACGGAGGAGAAGAAGGAAGAUGAGGGGAGCGCGGCGGCCGCUGCUGCUCCGGAGGAGGAGAAAAAGGAGUAACUCCCGCGCGCCCCGAGAGAAAAUUCCUACCUACACAGAAUUUAUUGUGCAUUCCAAAUGGUUACUCUACUUAGUUGUCCUGACGUACGUUCUUUUUGUGUGGUUGUGGAAAGACUUUGGAACCGUCAGGCUUCCUUGGCAACAGUAGUUUGUGGAAAUUUGAGAGAAGGCGACCUUUUAUGAUGAAUUCUGGUGCUCAAGAAUGAGUGGCAAAGAAAGUUCCAUUUGGGGCUGUUGUUGAAAUUUGGGCAAUGUAUGCGUGAAGCGGAAUGUGUGUUGUAUACAUGCUUGAGCGUUGUGGAAAUAGAGAAGAACUAAAAAUUGUAGCGAUACUUACCAAUGUUCCGCCACUUUUUGCUGAAAACUGUCAAACUGUGGUAUGUAUGAAUCGUACUGUAAAGUUGAAAAUCUGUGAGAGUUUGCAGCGGAGAUAGCUAGCCACCUUUCUUGCCUGUUGAUAACCUUAAUCAUGUGACGUGCAUGUGAUGAUCAUGCUGUGUGCAUGUGACCAUCAUGUGCUCCUCAGCCUUGUCGUUGACCUUGACACCAAGUUUGCUGUAAACUUCCGUACAUGUUUUCUUUUGGUGCCCGAACAAAAUUCCCGUAAAAAAAAGAUAGGCUAGUAAUGUCGCAUGUUAGUCCAGAGUAGCUAUAGUCCGCGGUCAUGGCAAAAUUACGUCAGAGUUUUCCAGUUUAGUGGAAUGAAUUUAAAAAGCAGCGGCAUGACCUUGCACACCCUUCCAAAUCUGCAGCCUGUUCUAGGCCUGUUUAAGCCUGUUCCGCGGCCUGUACAAGCCUGUUCUUGCCGACAGCUGACUUCCAGGGCUGCGCGUUUUUGUGUUGUGGGAUGAUUGCCUCGUGUACAGUUAUACAAUUUCCACUUUGUAAAGGGUGCAAAAAAAAUUAUUCCAAAAAAAAAUUAAGAAAAAAAAAUUGUGGUAACUGUUGUAUAAGGUUUCGUCUGUAGUGCCCAACUAACUGCUGAACUUACCACUGCGCAUUGUUACAGAUUGUACAACACUUUGUCGCCACUUUAGAAGGGGUUUUUCUGACCAUGUCAACACCACCAGUGGUAUUACAAACAAGGGGCCCUGCGGACUUGGAGAUGCACCGGUCUGUUCACUCGCUGCUCUUAAAAUAUGUCUUAAAGAUCUAUAAUUGUCUUAGAAAAAAAUCCUUGAGAUCACUCCAACACUUCCUCUGGCCAAGGCCAAAUCGAAAACAACAACAAAAAAAACAGCUCAAAAAAUUUUUCCAGGAACGAGGCACCAUUCCAUAUUAGGGCGUGAGCUUACUUGGAACAUUCCAUGACGAGUCGGAGACGGGGGUGUUGGAGAGGCAGCUUGACUGUGUGGCAGUGAACAGGCUCCGUGGUCUCUGUACAAGGCAGCUCAUAGCGAGAGACACACCAAAUCUCGAUGCGCAGUCGUACGUUUCACAAUAUAAAUCGUCAACCAACAUGGCCGACGGUCAUCCAAGAUGGCUGCUGCCUCGCAAGCCAGUAGACUUUCCUAUCUCGUGGUUACCUGACAAAGCAUCGUACGUUGCGUUUUACGGCGGAUGGAAUACUAGUAACUUUUACAUCCAACCAACUACGAUGUUCUGUCUAUGCCACAAGAUCAGUAGUCAUUCUCUACCUUCCCCACAUUGAAAUGGUUUGCCCCGAUUUGUCGCCACCACGCCUGUAGCAACAACUCGGUCAGGAACCUUCCAUUCCGAUAUGGGGGUGCGACAUUUAGAAUUUGUUAGUAAGUCGUGAACAUGGCGUGUAAGUAACACUGAAGCAAGCCGACAUGACACCAAAUUUUCCAGCAUUGAUGCGAAAAACUUAAAUCGUCAUUCGUUGCUCUACAGUCCUUCUGCGUACUAAUUACCUCUACACAUACACACGAUCAGUUUCUCUACAGUCACUUCUCUCUAUCCUGACUUUCGUGCCAAUUAUUUCCCGAGCGUUUUAACUCUGAUUGGCUGUUUUCUGUCAAUUUAAACACGUGCCAAAGUUCCGUGGCGUGGCGCAAACCCGACAAAGCGUGUUCCCUGCUAACAUCGCUGUGUUGGUACCUAUUCUUACAGCACGUUUUUGUUUUCUUGCCAUAUUUUUGCACAAGUUUCUGUUCGUUGAUUGGACAUCUUUGUGGGGAGAAUGAGGCGUCUGACUGGCUUGUUUGUUGGAAAUCUAGAAAUCGAAACUUUGGAAUUAUUUGCAAAAACGCUGUGUCUGUGUGAGGAUUAUUUUCAGGGUUUGUUAUUAAUUACUAAGUGAGCACAAAUGUGGAAUAUUUCUUUCUGUAAAGGAUAAUUUGAUAAUAACAAGAUGUCUGUAUCUUUUGUAACCGUUUAAUAAUAUUUCUUUGUGCCAAUUUUCUGUAUUUAUAAGAUUUACGUGAUAUUUCAGGUUACCACUACAAGUAUUACUAAUGUUGCUAGGAUUAAUUAACAAGUGUAAGAAUCAGGACAUAAACAAGGUAUUUUUGUGUGAUACUCUAGGUUAAGUUUGGUUAAGUUGUGUUUUAGUGUAAUAAUGUGUGCCACUGUUUCUUGCCCAAUGUUACAAUAUGUACCGGAACAGACCGUGUAAUGCACUGACAAACCCGCUUGGUAGAAAGAAGAAACCUCCAAUUCGUUGCCACCCAGAAAUGAUUUGCGAAAGCUGAACACCGACUGAGAAUAAAAGUGGCCCUGUCUCUGCAUUACCUGUUGUCUGUUCUAAGAUCCUGAGCUAGCGUCUUGCCCGUGUAUCCCGUGACUUUAAGGCCUAGAGUUGCCAUCUCGACUGUUAAUAGUGAUGGCAAGAUUCCAUGUGAACAUGGGUGCAUCCAUUACAUCGGCAGGGGAGGACAGGCCUUCCUUCACCAAUAUGCAGUACUGUAUGAUCUUCUUUGACUUUUUUUGAGCCCAGCCCUCCCCUUCAGCAAAAAUGGAUGCUCCCAUGGUCCACCCAGGUCCCUGGACAGAAUGUCACCAGCAAAUUCUGGAUUCAGCCUGGAAUUCCAGGUCAGGAUUCCAUGCGGGAAUUCCCAUCCAGAAUUCUGGCCAGGAUUCCAUACUGGAAUUCACACCCAGAGGGACCAGAGGAACCGUCCUGGGGCCUGGUAGUGUGGUGGGUGGGGGCAAAGGUCAACAGUCAUCCAAUCAGCAAAGAGUGUGAGAAACGGGUGUGCCGCCCCCCUCCCUCAGAGGGUUCUGUGACCUUGGGAGAACGGAAAGGUUUUUACUGUGUGGACAGUUUAGAAUUUAUCCUUAUAAGGAAGACAGGUCAACACCAGUCCUGGGUAGCCAUGGCAACACGGAUGAGUGACAAGCGGAUCAGACAAGAAUGUGUAAAACUGAAAGGCAUGGCAGUGAGAAACAUCUCAUGACAGCCAAGUGCAUGAUUGGUUAACGUGUUGCCAUGCCAACCAGGAUGGUUGACAGGAGCCCCUGACGUCCCUGUGUUGCUAUGGCGACCAGAAUGAUGGACAGGAGCCCCUGACGUCCCUGUGUUGCCAUGGCGAUCAGAAUGAUUGACAGGAGCCCCUGACGACCCUGUGUUGCCAUGGUGUCCAGAAUGAUUGACAGGAGCCCCUGACGACCCUGUGUUGCCAUGGCGACCAGAAUGAUUGACAGGAGCCCCUGACGACCCUGUGUGUUGGUCUGUCCCUGUGGCCAGUUGUGAGCUUACCAAUGAUGUCUCUGCCUUAACUGUGUGAUUGUGAAGUACAACUAUAAAAUCUACCAGCUUUUCUACACCGAGUCUGGCUUCAAGCAACUUUUCUUACCUCCAAAUUUGUUGCCCUCUAUUUUUUUGCAUGAUUUGGAAAGACUGAGUCCUAUUGAGCCCUUUUGUAUGCUUUACUUCGAUAUGGAGCUGAAUUUACCAUGAACUCUAUUUUUGCAUUGUUGAUGAUACCUGGAACUAUUUCCUAAAUUGACUGUUUUGUACGUUUACAUGUUGUUAGUUAUGAGAUGGAAAUCUUCCAAAUUAACGUAUAGCUAUGAAAAUCGGUUCCUAUCAUGACAAAAUGUACGAAUCUCUAAAAACCUUGUCUGCCGUUGUACUAGUGCAGUACCCAGGGUGGUCUACAGGGGGAGCCAGUAACACGCCAGCUGACAGGCGUGACCACAUCGCCUCCUGUUGACUCCCGUGGGUACUGCAGUACUGGCUAGAUGUGUAGUCAGCUGGAUCUUGCCCUACCUGUAGUGUAGUUAGGCAGUGGACAUUACUAGCUAUUGUGCAGCAGUGAAAGUGUUCAAUGUCUGGACGCUCUGCCAAUAAAGUUCAUUCGCUUUCUAUGUUGUAUAUAUAAAA